GGUCAUCACUGAAUCAUCACAAUUGAUGGAAGAUGGGAAUCAAGAAAAUAAAUUCCAGAAGUAUGGAGGAUCUAGCAGAUAUAUCAAGGGGAUGGAAGAAAGGGUCAGAUUUGAAAAAACCUGUUUCAGCACAAUUGAGGCGAUCUAUCAGUAAACCAGCACAAAGUGAUAAGGCUGAAAGCCAAGCAAGCAAACGUGCUAAUACCUGCAAGCCUUCAAAUCGUAGAAGACCUACUGAGACAGUCAUAAGGUCACUGUGAUCAAACCAGCUCGCUGAAAAAUACAACUUGUUGGUUCAUAAAAAGAAUGUUAUUGCAGACCAAGCUCAGAAGAAGCUCGAACAAGAAUUGAACAUGAAUUAAGGGUACAAGCGUUUAAAUAUGACAGAAAUUAAAAAGAGGCAAUUAGACUCACUAAGACCCGAGGCAGAAUGACACCUGAU